GAAAUCUGUGAGUGGUUCGCAUACUGUAAAUCAAAAUUGUCUAAUCAUCCCAAUAUGGCUCCAAAUACUUUUGCUAUUAACUCCGCUGGCGACAAGCACGAAUUCGAUGUCGAAAAGUGGGUGCCUAAUACCACCAGCGAUGACCUCCCCAAGAGACAUCCCGUUACAGGUAUCGAUGUGCUCAUCGUGGGCGCUGGUAUGGGAGGGCUAGUAACUGCGUUGGAGUGCUGGCGCAAAGGGCAUAACAUUGUAGGGAUUCUGGAACGCAAUGAUGGACCUGUCUACUCAGGUGAUAUCAUUGUGAUUCUUCCUUCAGCAUGUGCCGCUCUAGGGAAUUGGCCGGCUCUGCAACGUGACAUGGAUCUCGAACAAGUCGACGCCGAGGUUAGCUAUGAAAAGUACACGGGCGAGCAUAUCUAUGGUCCCACCGUACCACCCUACAAUGACCCGGAACAUCUCGAAGCGCGCAAAGGCAAAGGGCAACGCACUUUCAUUGCGCCUGCACAGAUUCGGAGUAAAUUUUAUCGCAUGCUACUGCGGCAAGUGGCAUGCCUUGGUAUAACCGUUGAGUACGGGAAGACGGCGCGCAAGUACUUCGAAGAUGAAAAUGCCGGAAAAGGGGGAGUCGUGCUUCAAGACGGAUCCAUCCGUUUAGCGGACAUAGUUGUCGCUGCCGACGGGCUGAGAUCGGAAGCAGAGAUCCUGAUCCAAGGCCAGUAUACCGCGCCUGUAUCUAGUGGCAUGUCUAUUUAUCGUACGGCCUACCCCAGAGAAGUGGCUAUGCGAGACCCCGUUGUACGAGAGCGAUGGGGUAACAAGCGGAGCGUAUGGGAGUAUUGGCUAGGUCCCGGAAUGUAUAUGGGAGUAUUCAUGUCUGAUGAGAUUGUCUCGUGGGGAUUUACCCCUUUGGAUACUCAAGGAGAGGCAACUGAGUCUUGGGAACCUGAUACAGACCCUGAACGCAUUGUGGAUGAGCUCCGCAAGGCUCCCGGCUGGGACCCAGCCAUAGCAGCUCUUGUGCGCACAGUCCCGCAUGGAGUUGUUCACUGGCCCCUACUUUGGAGGGAUCUUCAUAGGGACUGGGUCUCCAAGUCUGGACGAGUGGUACAAGUUGGAGACUCAGCACACACGUUCACGCCGACUUCUGGGAACGGUGGGACGCAAGCUCUCGAAGAUGCGGCUACACUUGCAACUUGCCUCGAGUUGGCUGGGCGCGAUCGAGCGGCUAUAGGAACCAAGAUCUACAAUUUACUUCGAUACGAGCGUGUCAGUUGCGCUCAGAAAAUGACUUUUGUCAACUCUCAGCUUAAAACAGCGACGGACUGGGAUGAAAUUUCUCGUGACCCGGGGAAAGUUCGAACCCGGUUUCCCAAGUGGAUUUUCGCUCACGAGCCUGAGGCUUACGCAUAUGAAAAGUAUGGUGAAGCCUAUGCGCAUCUCACAAUGGGCGCUCCAUUUGUCAAUACAAACUUACCACUGGGUCAUACUUUUGCGCCUUGGACACUGAACGAGGUGGCUGAAGCCAUGGAAAAAGGGACGCGGAUGGAAGAUUUGCUGGACGGUGAUUGGUCGUAA